AGUCAGCCUCACAGUAGUACGGCUGCAGCGAGCAACAGGAGAGGAGGGGAGAGUCUGAGACAGAGCCGCUGGAGGACGAGGCAGCUGGGAAUUGUGUUCGUGUUGGACCGACUGGAUCUUUGCGCAUUUCCCAUCCUGAGAAGCGCUCGCUUCAGGGAGAGAUUAUUUGGAUUCUGGGGAAUUACAGACGCGUAUCUUUUCUUUUCUUUUUUUCUUUUUUGCCUGUCUUUUAAAGCUGUGACGUUUUUUUUUUUUUAAUAAGGAGUGUUUAAACUGUUUGGCUUUCCUCGUCAUCAAAUGGAUGCUUGCGCGUGAGAGGAAUACUAAUGAUCGGCGCCCUGCGUCCGAACAAGGCGCACCGCUCCCCUCUCCGCUGCUGCUGCUGCUGCUGCUGCUGCUCCUGAGGGCCACAGCAGAGCCGAUCAAUCAGCCCCUCACUGUCUGCCGACCUGAGGAAUUUUACUGCCCCAAACCGGGAAUUAAUGAGCCGCGUCUGAGAUUUGGAACCUUAUUGCAUUUCCAGUUUGGGGAGGGCGGAUACAAAUCCUCCUGCAGGAGGGAGGGGGGAGAGGGAAGAGACGCCAGAAUGGGGAACAGCUUCUCCAACAUCUCUGCUUUCCAGUCGCUUCACAUCGUCAUGCUGGGCUUGGACUCCGCCGGCAAGACCACCGUUCUCUACAGACUGAAAUUCAACGAAUUCGUCAACACGGUGCCCACGAUCGGCUUCAACACGGAGAAGAUCCGGCUGAGCAACGGCACGGCGAAGGGCAUCAGCUGUCACUUCUGGGACGUGGGGGGGCAGGAGAAGCUGCGGCCCCUGUGGAAGUCCUACAGCCGCUGCACGGACGGCAUCAUCUACGUGGUGGACUCGGUGGACGUGGACCGGCUGGAGGAGGCCAAGACCGAGCUGCACAAGGUCACCAAGUUCGCGGAGAACCAGGGCACGCCGCUGCUGGUCAUCGCCAACAAGCAGGACCUGCCCAAGUCCCUGCCGGUGGCCGACAUCGAGAAGCAGCUGGCCCUGCACGAGCUCACGCCCUCCACCGCCUACCACGUCCAGCCCGCGUGCGCCAUCAUAGGCGAGGGGCUGCACGAGGGCAUGGACAAGCUGUACGAGAUGAUCGUGAAGAGGAGGAAGUCCCUGAAGCAGAAGAAGAAGCAGCGGUAACAGCGGCCGGAGCGGGACUCUUUGCUGGUCUCUGCCUGACUUUACUGUGAGGAAAUCCGGGUUCUGCCUGCUUCGGCGCCCCGAGACGGGUCGACUUCUGUUUUUUUUUUUUCUUCCACGGCUGUGUUUCGGAUUCAACCUGUGAAGCCCUGCUGAAUGAUGCUGUUGCACACAGUAGGUCGCAGGAGGGUCGACACAACAUUACACCAAAAAAAAAAAAAAAAAAAAGAAAGAAAAAAA